AUGACCCAAAUGGCUCUGCCGUGUCAUUUUGCCACGUCGGAGCCACCCGCAAGGAAGCGGCCACAGCCCACGGGGCAACCGCUCAGAGCUGCACUCAAGACGGAGACGAGCAUCUGCUAUGAACAAGCCCUUGAGCACUACACGCUCCAGAUAGUGCACCAGCUCUGGGCACGUGGGGCCAUGCAAGACCUUGCUCUUCAAGGCAUCGGGUCUCAUGACUUAGUCUUUACUCCACUACCUAUUAAAGAAGGAGACAAGACGUACAUAGACAGCUUCCAUUCAGACACCCAGAAGGACACAGAAAGGCAAGACAAUUUAACAGAGCUAACUGUGAGUAAAUACGAGGCAUUAGAGGUGCUCUCUAGAGCAAAGGGCAUGGAGAACGGAAACUGCAUCUCCUAUGAUGAGCUGAAAGAGCUGAAGACUGAAUUUGCCAUCAAUCUCUACAAGCAUGUAUCCGAAGGAGAGAACAGAACCAACCUGGUAGUCUCUCCAGCAAGCGUGGCUGUUUCUUUGGAGCUGCUGCAGUUUGGAGCUCAAGGAAAUACCUUCACGGAGCUGCAGGAUGCCUUAGGGUACAACAUUCAUGAUCAAAGUGUGCAGGAUUUCUUGCAUGCAGCGUACGAAGGAGCAACCGACUCCAGCCAAGGCACAGUGGUUCAGCUGGCAUGUUCCUUCUUCGUGGACGCUGGCGUGCAGCUUUCGCCCCACUUCACUGCACGUGUUGCGCACUGGGCAAACAGCAGCCUGCAGCAAACCAACUUCACUGACCCCAGAAGAACCACAGCCCAAAUACAGGAAUGGAUCACCGGUAACCUUGGAGAGGAGGACCUGCGUGGCAUGCCGUUGGAGAGUGCUGGGUCGCCGCUCAGUCAGGUCUCCCUAGUGAGCACCAUGUACUUCAAAAGCAUGUGGCAAAAGAAGUUUUCCUUUACGGAUACCCAGAUGUUGCCUUUCACCACAGCAGAGGGCUCAACCCUGAAAGUGCCCACAAUGCAUCACACAGCUGAAGUUAACUACGGCCAAUUCCAGACUGCAGCUCUAGAGGCUUUCAGUGUGGUCGAGUUACCCUACCUGGGGGAGAAACUCAGCAUGUUCCUAGUGCUUCCCAGCCACAAAAGAACAUCUUUGUCCCAGAUUGAGUCUCGCCUUUCUGCCAAGACCAUAACCCUCUGGGCCAACAGCUUAAACAGAAUGAAGAUGGACAUUUUUCUACCUAGGUUCAGUAUUCAAAGCCUUUUUGACCUAAAGACAGUUUUUUCUGCCUUGGGAAUUAGAGACGCAUUUGAUCCCAUCACUGCUAAUUUUAAAGGUAUUUCAGAGCAAGGUAGUCUUUAUAUUUCAGAAGCUAUUCACAAAGCAGAGAUUGAAGUAACAGAAGAUGGUACGAAGGCAUCAGGAGCUACAGCAAUGGUGUUACUAAAAAGAUCUCGAACGCCUAUUUUCAAAGCAGACAGACCUUUCACGUUUUUCCUGAGACAAGCUAACACAGGUACGCAUGCUCUGCGUUUCAGUAGCGGAACCCUUCGCAAGUAG